GGAUUUUUUUUGUACUGUUUUCAAAAGGGUGGAAAAUGACUAGAGGAGUGGAAAAGGGCAAUAGUGAGGAAUCCUCCUCUUAAUACACAUCCAUAUAAAAUGGUUACCCACGUUAAAGCCCACGAACUUCGCAACAAGAACAAGGCUGAACUCCUCAAGAUCCUUGACGAACAAAAGCAACAACUUGCUAACCUUCGUGUUCAAAAGGUUGCCGGUGGUAGACUUCAAGAAAUUGGUGAAGCUCGUAAGAACGUUGCCCGUGUUUUAACCGUCAUCAACCAAACUCAACGUGAACAACUCCGUCUCUUCUAUCACAAGAAGAAGUUCGUUCCUCUUGAUCUUCGUGUCAAGAAGACUCGUGCUAUGCGUAGAGCUUUGACUCCUUUCGAAAAGUCCAAAAAGACUGUUCGUGAACAAAAGAAGUUGGCUCACUUCCCUCUUCGCAAGUAUGCUGUCAAGGCAUAAAUAUAACACCGUUUUAUUUUUCUAUAUUUGAAGCAACAAAAACGUAAAGGGAAUAAACCAAAAUGUAUCUAUCAUCCAAAAAUUCUCUUGUCCAUAUUAUAGAUGUAUUUUUCUUAUUUCUCAAA